GUUUCCCGGGGAGGAUGGGGGCUCCCCUCGCAGGAUCCCUGCCCUUCCGCAGCCCCUGUUCCGGGGCCAGCCCCCUUCCAGGGGUUUCUUCCCUGGAGAGAGGCAGCGGGGUCUAGUGGUUAAGAGCAGGAGGACUCUGAUGUGGAGAACCGGGUUUGAGUCCCCACUCCUCCUCCACAUCAGUGGAGGAGUCUUAUCUGGAGGGCUGGGUUCAAUUUCCUGCUCCUGUACAUGAAGCCUGCUGGGUGACCUUGGGCUGGUCACAGUUCUCUCAGAACUCUCUCAGCCUCACAAGGUGUCUGUUGUGGGGAAAAGAGUUUGGCCACUUCUGACACCUGACCUUGCAUCAGACAGUUAAACCAUGGAAGUAGAAGAGGAGGUGGAAAAAAUCAAUAUUAUUACGGAAAACCUCCAAGACAGCGAGGCAGAAGAUCCGGGAGUGGGGCUGCUUGGGUCUGAGAAGGGCCCUUCGUCAACCUGGAAACACAAAUGCGCUUCCUACGUCCUGGCCCUCCGACCCUGGAGUUUCAGCGCCUCCUUGACGCCUGUGGCUGUUGGCAGUGCCCUAGCCUAUCGGUCCCAGGGCACACUAGAUCCUGGACUCCUGGUGGGCAGUGCAGUUACUGUCUUGGCUGUCCAUGGGGCUGGGAACCUUGUUAAUACCUACUAUGACUUCUCCAAAGGCAUUGACCACAAGAAGAGUGAUGACCGGACUCUGGUGGACCAGAUCUUGGAGCCUCAAGAUGUUGUCAGAUUUGGCGUCUUAUUGUACACCCUCGGCUGCAUCUCAGCAGCCUGCCUGUACUGCCUCUCCACCCUGAAGUUGGAGCAUCUGGCUCUCAUCUACUUUGGAGGGCUCUCUAGCUCUUUCCUUUAUACCGGAGGAAUUGGGUUUAAGUACGUGGCGCUGGGCGACGUGGUGAUCCUAAUCACCUUCGGGCCGCUGGCUGUGAUGUUUGCCUAUGCCAUCCAGGUGGGCUACCUGUCCAUCUCACCCCUCCUUUACGCCGUCCCGCUGGCCCUCAGCACCAUGGCCAUCCUGCACAGCAACAACACGCGGGACAUGGAGUCUGACCAGCAGGCGGGCAUUGUCACCCUGGCCAUCCUCAUCGGCCCCACCCUCUCCUACAUCCUCUACAACACCCUCCUCUUCCUGCCGUACCUGAUCUUCUGUGUCCUCGCCACCCGCUACACCAUCAGCAUGGCCCUGCCUCUGCUCACCAUGCCAAUGGCCUUCUCCCUGGAGAGGCAGUUCCGGAGCCAGAGCUUUUUCAAGAUCCCCCAAAGGACAGCCAAGCUCAACCUGCUCUUGGGACUUUUCUAUGUCUUCAGCAUCCUCUUGGCCCCGGCAGGCUCCCUCCCCAAGCUCUAGGGCGCUUCCGGGCCGGGGUCUGGAGCUGGACGGCAGUGAGAUGUGGCCAGGCGAGGGAGUCGUCUGUCAAGAGCUGCGUGAGGCCAAUCAACUCUGGCUCUUUCAAGGCUGAAGAACCAGAAGGGUUCCCGGGGGCAAUUGUGGGUUGGCCUUGACCACUGUGGGACGUUGCCACACCAGGGAUUGUGCCAAUCUGGUGUAUGCCUCCUUGAAAGGGUUACGAUAUGUUUAUAUAUAUAUAUUUUACAAAGACUGUGCUAUAAAACUUCACUCUCUUAAAUUAUAAAUAAAUAGAUAAUAACUUUG